GGCUACACCGGCCACCGCUGCGACAUCAACAUCAACGAGUGCCAGAGCCAGCCCUGCAAAAAUGGGGGGACCUGCCAGGACAGGAACAACGCCUACAACUGCCUCUGCCUCAAAGGGACCACGGAACGUUUCCUCAUCUCUCCCUUCCCAGGGCGCAUGUGCAACAUCAACAUUGAUGAGUGCUCCAGCAACCCGUGCCACAACGGGGGCACGUGCAAGGAUGGCAUCAACGGCUUCACCUGCGUCUGCCCCGAGGGCUUCCACGACCCCAAGUGCCUGUCUGAAGUGAACGAGUGCAACAGCAACCCCUGCAUCCACGGGAAAUGCCACGACGGGCUCAAUGGCUACAGGUGUGACUGCGACCCAGGCUGGAGUGGGACAAACUGCGACUUCAACAAUAAUGAGUGUGAAUCCAAUCCCUGCAUGAAUGGUGGCACCUGCAAGGACAUGACCAGUGGCUACAUCUGCACCUGCAGGGAGGGCUUCAGCGGACCCAACUGCCAGACCAAUAUCAAUGAAUGCGCUUCCAACCCCUGCCUGAACCAGGGCACUUGCAUUGACGACGUCGCCGGCUACACAUGCAACUGCCUCCUGCCCUACACAGGAGCCACCUGCGAGGACGUGCUGGGCCCCUAGAACGGUGGUGAGUGCCGGGAGUCGGAAAACUAUGAGAGCUUCUCCUGCAGUUGCCCCUCCGGCUGGCAAGGUCAGACCUGCGAGAUCGACAUCAACGAGUGUGUGAAGAGCCCCUGCCGCAACGGGGCCACGUGCCAGAACACCAACGGGAGCUACCGCUGUGCCUGCAGAACCGGCUUCACCGGCCGCAACUGCGACACUGACAUCGACGACUGCAAGCCCAAUCCGUGCCACAACGGUGGCUCCUGCUCCGAUGGCGUUGGCACGUUCUUCUGCGAGUGCCUGGCUGGUUUCCGUGGGCCCAAGUGCGAGGAGGACAUCAACGAGUGCGCCAGCAACCCCUGCAAGAAUGGUGCCAACUGCACUGACUGUGUCAACAGCUACACCUGCACUUGCCCCUCUGGCUUCAGCGGCAUCCACUGCGAGAACAACACUCCUGACUGCACUGAGAGCUCCUGCUUCAAUGGUGGGACCUGCGUGGAUGGCAUCAACACCUUCACCUGCCUCUGUCCGCCCGGCUUCACGGGCAGCUACUGCGAGCAUGACAUUAACGAGUGUGACUCCAAGCCGUGCCUGAAUGGGGGCACGUGUCAGGACAGCUAUGGGACGUACAAGUGCACUUGUCCCCAGGGAUACACUGGGCUCAACUGCCAGAAUCUGGUGCGUUGGUGUGACUCUUCUCCCUGCAAAAACGGAGGCAAGUGCUGGCAGACCAACAACCUGUAUCGCUGCGAGUGCAACAGCGGAUGGACAGGGCUCUACUGCGAUGUCCCCAGCGUCUCCUGCGAGGUGGCUGCUAAGCAGCAAGGUAUCGACGUAGCGCAUCUCUGCAGGAAUUCAGGGCUCUGUGUGGACACUGGCAACACUCAUUUCUGCCGCUGCCAGGCUGGCUACACCGGCAGCUACUGUGAGGAGCAGGUGGACGAGUGCUCCCCAAACCCUUGCCAGAAUGGAGCCACCUGCACAGACUACCUGGGAGGAUACUCCUGUGAGUGUGUGGCCGGUUAUCAUGGAGUUAACUGCUCAGAGGAGAUCAAUGAGUGCUUGUCCCACCCAUGCCAGAAUGGAGGAACUUGUAUCGAUCUCAUCAAUACCUACAAAUGCUCCUGCCCCAGAGGAACUCAAGGGGUGCACUGUGAGAUCAAUGUGGAUGACUGCAGCCCUUUCUUUGAUCCUGUCACCCUGGGGCCCAAGUGCUUUAACAAUGGCAAGUGCACGGAUCGGGUAGGUGGCUACAGCUGCAUCUGCCCCCCUGGCUUUGUAGGGGAGCGCUGCGAGGGAGAUGUCAACGAGUGCCUGUCCAACCCCUGCGACGCCCGCGGCACCCAGAACUGCGUGCAGCGGGUCAACGACUACAAAUGCGAGUGCCGACCUGGCUAUGCAG